GGCAUGAAAGAAGAACCAGCUGCACAAUUGGGUUGCUGCCACAGGACCAAAGCCCCAGGGAAUACAGGAAGUUCCCUGUUCCCCAGUCUGGACUUCCAGCUCUCCCAAGGUGACCAGGUCUUCUCUGCCUACAGGUCAUUUCCAGACACAGUGGAUGCUUGUGGUCCAUCCUGUGACCACUGGCUGUGCCUCUUGGCUCUGGCUUCAGCCAGAUCUACCCUGCUGGCCUGCCCUCAGGGCCUGGACCUGGACUUGGACCCCACAGCUGGCACACCUGGGCAUAGCCCCCAGGGUCUCAGGAAGGACGCCUUGAGCAUGAAGCGCCAGCCACCAGGGCUGCAUGCCUGCUCCACCAAUGACAAGAAACUCACAGCCAAGUAUCCACCAAGCAGGGACAAGAUGGGAAGCCAACCAGAAGGAGCUGGAGAGGGGGCCCCCUGCCCAACCUCCUUUCCUCAUGACAGCUCUUCCCCAUUCCUCUGGAAGAACAGGAAGAGUCCCAACCCCUUGGCUUUCUUCCCCUGCCCACCUUCCACUCCCAUCCACCUCCAUGGGGAACGCCCAUUCCACUUCCACCCCUUCUACCCUGGGUAUCCACUUUUCCUGCCUCCACCCUACCUAUUUACCUAUGGGGCCCUAUCUUCUGUACAAUGUCCCUAUCUCUUUAUGCUGCCCCAAGAUGCCUCCUACUCCACCAUGGCUGUGCCCAGGUUGCUGAUGAUGGUCAAUGAGAAUGGGCACCAUAGCACCCGAGGGGAGACCCUUCUUCCCUGCCUAGGUGUGUUCCAAGCCUCUGACCAAGCCCUGCCCUCCCAAGCCCAAAAUCCAGGCCCUGGAGAUGCCUCAACCUACUCCCCAGGGGUGCAGCGUACUGGAACGGUGGCUCCAGUAAAGCGGGCCCCACUGGGCUCCCGGGCAGGCAUGGCAGCCCUGCCUUACCCAUUGAAGAAAGAAAAUGGCAAAAUCCUGUACGAGUGCAACGUGUGUGGCAAGAGCUUUGGGCAGCUCUCCAACCUCAAGGUCCACCUGCGUGUGCACAGCGGGGAGCGUCCGUUCCAGUGUGCCCUGUGCCAGAAGAGCUUCACCCAGCUCGCCCACCUGCAGAAGCACCACCUGGUGCACACUGGGGAGCGGCCCCAUAAGUGCCUGGUGUGUCACAAGCGCUUCAGCAGCUCCAGCAACCUCAAGACCCACCUGCGCCUGCACUCAGGGGCCCGGCCCUUCCAGUGCAGUGUCUGCCCAAGUCGCUCCACCCAGCAUGUUCACCUGAAGCUGCACCAUCAGCUGCACACCACACAGCGCUGUGACCUGGCUCACACCCACCUGCCCCUGGCCUCUCUGGCCUGCCUUGCACAGUGGCACCAGGGGGCACUAGAUCAUCUGGCCGCAUCAUCGGAGAAACGGAUGAGCUGGGACGUAGACAAGGUCAAGGUGUCCUUGGCAUCCCAGGGAAAGGAAAGGCAGCCAGCCUGAAUGGUGGUGCGGGGACUACCCUGAGGAGGGGGACGGGCACAGAACAAUUAAAGCAUUUUUCUCUCUG